UGUACAUAAGUCGUUUUAGAUCGUUCGAUCAAGUAAAGUUUCUGAUAGAUUCAAUGCGAUCCGUUAAAUUGACAGUUGAAGGACCAGCCCUUGCAAAUGCAGUGUAUGUGACUGAAGUUCAGGAUGUAAAUACACUUGUAAAAUCGCGAGUGAAACCGAUAUACGGUGAUGCGAUUGCUGUAAACGGCUUCCAUCGAUCAAUACGUUCAAGUACAAGCAAAAAUCACCAUGGCUACGGAAUGUUUUCUGUUUGGCGGUUUCGUGAUAAUUACUACCGCCAUAUGGGUGUACGUGUUGCGCGAACGGCCGUUCGAGUUCUUAGCGUACGCCAUGUUCCUGCCCGGGGCAACUGCCCUUGUGUGGUCGUUCUUCAAGGGGACGCUACGGGAGUUCGUCUGGAUGACUUCCGGUUUGGACCAGCCCGUGUCAAGUAUCGUGUACAGCAUUGUUUCCAUGGUAAUGGUCGUAGCACUCGUGCAGAUGUGUGUGAAAGUAUCCAGCCACAUCGGAUGGGCACAGAAAGUUGAAAUGCGCGCAUCCGCCAUCCACGGUCAUAACCGGAACUACGUCAGUGGGUUCAUGCGCGCGGCGGGGGAGGAGGUGGGCUGGCGCUGCUUCCUGCUGCCUUGCCUCGUGCAGCGCUACUCUACCAACCAGGCUAUACUGAUAUGUGGUGUGUUCUGGGGUUUGUUCCACGUUCCCGUCAUGGUUCUGUUGAUGUCGCUCACGAAGCCACAGCGCCCUCGCACCACCGCCAUCGUGCAAUGUGUCUCGUGUGUAUUCGCUGCGUUCACACAUGGCUGGGUCGCCAUUAAGUCGGGGUAUUCAAUGUGGCCUGCCAGUGUGAUGCAUUGGUUCUGGAACGUUUACAAUCCCACCGUGCUAGGCAGCAUUUACACCAACACCCCUGGUCAUUAUACCGGCGAGCAGUGGAAAAUUAACGGCGAGGGGCUGAUGGGAUGCCUCGUUAUGGCACCGGUUGUAGCGAUCAUAUGCAUAGAACAGAACAACUGGACGUUGUAGAAAUAGUCCGUUAAAAUAAUCGUUAAUUGUUGCAUUUAUUUAUAUAAAAAUGCUUUAAAAGUGUUCCUUUAUAAUAAAUCAAUAUAUUGAAAUUAAA